UUGUUUUAUUUUGAAGUAUAACAGGAUAUGUCUUGUAUAAAAUGCGUGCGCCUUGACCUGCUGCAGCCACAAAGUCAAAUUUCACCUGCUGACGGCAACAUUUACAGAACAGAACCACGUGAGAACAAGAAGUGGUCAGAAUUAUUAGUAUUGUGUUUUAAUCUAAAUUGAAUUUAUAUUAAAAAGAAUUCAGCACUUCGUGAGGCGGACAGAUGAUUUAUAAGAGGAAGAGGAGGAUGUGACGGCUGAAAACUUCACCAAAACGAUGAUUUUAUCCCAACCAGCACCAUGGCUUUAAAUCUCUAAAUAUAUAUUUUGCCUUUUUGUACCAUGAAGAAGAGAUGGAUUCUUCGGAAGUUGCCUCUGCUGGUUUUCACUCUCUUCGUCAUCCUUUACGUGGAUUUCCACUUGCGCACGGGCGGCCUGGUUCCGUCACGCGCCCCGGACGGAGACGCACCGAAGCCGGCCAGCAGCGGGGCCGCGCGCCACCGGGUGCCUGAGGGCGCACACGUCACACGGUCCAGGCUGAAGCUCGAGGACAUCUUCAUCGCCGUGAAGACCACCGGAAAGUUCCACAGGACGCGCCUGGCGCUCCUUUUGGAGACAUGGAUCUCCAGGACCAAGACGCACACGUUCAUUUUCACAGACGUGGAGGAUGAUGACUUGAGCUCAGCGGGUUAUAACAUGGUCGUAACAGGCUGCCAGUCAGACCACAGUCAGCAGGCUCUGUCCUGCAAGAUGUCGGCCGAGUACGACAGCUUCAUGACCUCAGACAAGAGAUGGUUUUGUCAUGUAGAUGACGACAACUAUGUGAAUCCGGACGCUCUCGUCUCCCUGCUCUCAGCUUUCCCCCAGGACGGCGACAUCUACGUAGGCAAACCGAGCCUGGACAAACCCAUCACUGCUCACGAACUGAUGGAGGGCAACUCAACGAGGGUAGUACGGUUCUGGUUUGCUACAGGAGGAGCUGGAUUCUGUCUGAGUCGGCGGCUGGCUGAGAAGAUGGCUCCCUGGGCUCAGGGCUCUCGCUUUGAGCAGACAUCAGCAAAGAUUCGCCUGCCUGAUGACUGCACAGUGGGCUUCAUCGUGGAGAAGAGACUGGGAAUCUCCAUGGUUCAUUGUCCUUUAUUCCACUCUCACCUGGAAAACCUGCUGCUGAUCAGCCAGAGAAACCUCCCGUACCAGGUGACUCUAAGCUACGGGAUCUUUGAGAACAAGAUGAACAGCAUUGAGGUGAAAGGAAGCUUCUCCACAGAAGACGACCCAUCCAGGUUUAAGACGGUCCACUGCAUGCUGUACCCCUUCACUAGCUGGUGCCCCUGAACUCUGAUGCCUGCAAGCCUCAGAGGACACAGACUGCUACUGCAUGAGAAAUGUCUGCUGGGAGAAACCUGAUGGCUGUUCAUGAUACCAGACACUUCCUGGAAUCUGACAGAAGAGUUUUAAACAAGCAAAAAAGUGUAUAAACAUCCUCAGAUGACAGACGACUCCAAAGUAUGUGUCC